CGUAGUUUUCGAAAACAACAUGGCAGCUUCAGUUGGAAGCAAAAAGGGACCUGAACUAUCAAAGGCAGAGUACCUUAAACGUUACUUAUCCGCCGGUGAGGAUGAGAAAAAGUCGAAGGGGAAGCUUAAAAAGAAACGACGUAAAGUUCCUGAAAAAGGGCUGAAAAUAGUAGACGAUGACAUUGACUGGAAACAAAUGGUUCAACAAGACGAAGAAGGAGAAGAGGAGGACGACGAGGCUCCUGUGAUUGCUGAGGUAAUUGACGAGAGACCAGACGAAAUAAAACAGUUGGAAGCCUUCAGAACAAGCAAUAGAUGGAAAGUGAUUGGAGCUGAUGAAAAUGAGGAUGAAGAAGAAGAGACAGGAGGGCCACAGCAUCCAGAGGCUGAGUCAUCAAGCAGGAGACGUCAUGAUUCACCAGAUGUCUCACCAAAGGGACAAAGGCAUGAUUCUCCUCUCAGAAAGACCCGCCAUGACUCUCCUGAUAUUUCUCCUCCAAGACGAAGUCGCCAUGACUCUCCUGAUAUUUCUCCCCCAAGGAGAAGUCGACAUGACUCUCCUGACCUGUCACCUCCGAGGCAACAGUCAGGGAAAUCAGGGAAGGUGCAAAGUAAAGAUUUGUCCCCAGCCAGAAGAAAACGUUCCCCAGAUCCUCAUCGGCCACAGCUGUCAAAGAAAGCUCAGAAAAGGCAUGAUUCAGACUCCGACCAGUCACCUCCAAGGAAAAGGCCCCUAAAGGGAGAAGCUUCAGACUCUGACCAGUCUCCUCCAAGGAGGGCAACAAAAACAAGAGGCUCUGAUUCUGAUCAGUCCCCUCCCAGGAGGCGGCCGCAGAGUGGAAAGGACUCAGAUGGAGAUCUGUCACCUCCUCAUCGGCCCGGCCAGUCACAGGGUACCAGGAUGCUUUCAGGUGGGAAGGCAGGUCUAGUAUCUGGAGAUGUUUUAAGAAAAGAGCAGGAGGAGAACCGACGCAAAGAAAGACACAACCAGCCACUGGAAGAUGAAUCUAGAAAUGCCCAGACGGUGUUCCGAGACAAGAGCGGUAAAAGGAGAGAUUUAGAUUCAGAGAGGGAAGAACAGAAGAGAAAAGCGGGUGAAAAAGCUGCAAAGGAUGAGAAAUAUGCUCAGUGGGGACGAGGGCUGGCCCAGAGCCAGAUGCAACAGCAGAAACUUGAGGAUGCACUACAUGAAGCUCAGAAGCCACUGGCACGUCACUGCGAUGACGAGGAUCUCGAUCGCAUGUUGAGAGAGCAGGAAAGAGAGGGAGAUCCCAUGGCUGCAAUGCUGAGACGGAAGAAAGACCGCAAUCCAAAAGCUCAAGCGAAACCUCGGUAUAAAGGCCCAGCACCACCUCCAAAUCGCUUCAAUAUUUUACCAGGCUAUCGCUGGGAUGGAGUUGACAGGUCAAAUGGUUUUGAACAGAAACGCUAUACUCGGAUAGCAGAUAAAAAAGCAGUCCAGGAGGCAGCCUAUAAGUGGAGUGUGGAGGACAUGUAAUUGCAAAGAGAAACCUAUGGAUCAAUAGUGAAGAUGAAGUGCAGAACAUUCCAUGUCAAUGGAGUAUCAGCUCCUUGUAGUUGUCUGCUCAACUGAAAUUACUCUUUGAUAGAGUCUAGAUGAACAAAGACUUAAACUUUCAGAGCUGUUUGAUACUGUACAGUGGACUUCAGAUUUAACUGGUAAACCUCAUCAUUGUACAUACCAGUGAAGUGUUAUCUGUUGACAUCUUCAGUGACUGUGUCUGUAUGAUUGUGAAAUAACUGUUUCAGUUUUGAGUCAGAAUGUGUUUUUCACAUUUUUUAUUAAAUAUUUUUGUGUAACCCUG